GAAAGUUCAAAGGGAGCGGUAAGUGUCCCUCAUUGUAUAUAAAAGACGGAGUGAGCGAGUAAUGGUAUCAGUUCGGUUCUCGAAAUCAAAAUGAAAACCACAACGAUUUUCCUGCUUGGGUUAGCCCUCGGUGUGCUGGGUGGACAGGAGAAGAAACAAGAAAAGAGAGGAGUCUUCGGAGAAGGACUUUAUGGAGGAGGCCUAGGAGGUUACGGAUCAUCUUUAGGAGGAUUAAGUUACGGUCUGUAUGGAGGCGGAGUUGGCCAUGGAGUUUCAUACGGUUCGGGCGUCGGCUACGGACUCGGCUAUGGUUCUGGAGUCGGUCUGGGAUCCGGAGUCGGACUCGGAUACGGAGUCGGUUCAGGCGUUGCUCUUGGUUCUGGAGUCGGUCUCGCCACUGGAGUUGUCGGAGGAAACCAAGUCGUAUCAAGGCACGUCACUGUCACUCACCGUGUUGCCGUACCAGUUCCACAACCUGUACCAGUCCCUGUUGAAAGGACAGUCCCUGUACCAGUACCCCAUCCCGUCAGUGUUCCAGUCGACAGGCCCUACCCAGUUCACGUGCCACGACCAGUCCCAGUUCCAGUCGAGAGGCCUUACCCUGUACCGGUUGAACGUCGUGUCCCUGUUCCUGUUCAUCACACUGUCAAGGUUCCUGUACCUCACCCGGUCGCAGUUCCCGUUCCCAAGCCAGUCGCUGUUCCUGUGGUUAGGAACGUACCAGUCCCAGUUCCACACCCAGUUACCGUGCACCAACCCGUACCUGUCCACGUCUCUGUUCCGGUUCACACUGGAGUGGUUGCUGCUGCCCCAGUAGUAGGUGUCUCUUCUGGUCUCGGUUUUGGUUCUGGAUUUACCGGACUCGGAUAUGGUUCCGGCGUUUCUGGGCUAGGAUACGGUUCUGGAUUCGGAUAUGGUUCUGGACUUGGAUACGGCUCUGGAUUCGGAUACGGUUCUGGACUUAAAUACGGCUCUGGAUUCGGAUACGGUUCUGGAGUGUAUGGUCAUGGAUAUGGUUCUGGUUUUUCAUCUGACCUUGGUCUCGGCUCUGCUGUAGCUGUUGGAGGUCACCACAAAGUAUGGUAGGCGCAGGGAAUCGUCUUUUAUCCAUCGUUAUUUCUUCAAUCACCGCUCAUUAUUUCAUUGUAAAUAACAUUUUUAUAUUGUUAAUAAAAACCUUUCCA